AUGGCGGCCGUCCUCAGCUCGCCCACCCCGAGCUACCCGACCUCGACUGCGCCCCUCAUGACCCCGCCCCUCCUCGGCUCGCCAGAGCUCCUCGACUCGGCCGACGACGAGCGCAAGCACGGCCUGUCGCCCAUCCCGGCCUCGCCUCGCACCGACGCCGACCUCGACCUGCCUUCGCCCGGCGCCGCCGCCGCCAGUCCAGCCGACACGCCCCCGUCGCCCGCCUCGACCGCGUCGGCCUUGAGCGAGCCGUCGACCCCGACCGCCCACCACUCGUCGCUCGUGCCGGCCUACCCGUACAACGUCGCCAUGGUCCCGUCGGCUUUCAGCGGCGGGCCCCUCCCCGACGAUUCGGAGCUCACGACGCGCCUCCCGAGCAUCUGCGUCGACUACCUGUCGCACGACUGGGCAGAAGACGACGUCUGGACCUCGUGGAAGGCCAUGACCCGCCACAAGAGCGAGAUCGCCAACGGCGUCCGCCUCGAGAACGCGUCGUGGCGCACCUGGGCCAAGCAGCGCGGCAAGCUCAAGACGGUCAGCCCCGAGACGCUCAACUGGCUCAAGGACAGCGACGUCACCUGGCUCUACGGCCCGCUCCACACGGCCGUCGACGCCGUCCCGCCGCCCAAGGUCGCGACCGCCGGUGACCGCCUCGGCCUCGAGGCGUUCCGUCCGCUCGACGCGACCAAGGCCGCCGCCGCCAAGGAGGAGCGCAAGAAGGCGCAGAAGGAGGGCAAGAAGGCGGCCACGUACCCGGUCCCGGCGGGCGAGGCCGGUGCGCCGCCAAGCCCCGCCGGUGCCCGCUCGAGCGCUCCCGGCGCCGGUCGUGCCCUCCUCGCCGCACGAGCGGCCGGCGCACGGUCGCGCAAGGCCGACGUCAAGACCAAGCCGAUCCUCAAGUACCGGUCCUUGAGCGACAUCCUCAUGCCCCAGGGCCAGCCGACCUCGCCCGACGUCGAGCAGCUCGGCAUCGACUUCCAGGACCAGGCCACCAUCUCGGUCCACCACGCCCGCUCCGACUCGCACCUCGUCCGCCUCAACUCGCUCAACCGCAAGACCAAGCGCUCGUCGCCCGUCCACUCGCCCGGCUCGUCGUCGCCCGAGCGCACCGCGUCCGACUCGUCGAGCACGAGCACGUUCCUGCGCGGCGGCGGCGCCAACGCGGCCCAGGCGCGGCGCAACCGGCGGCACAUCUCGUUCAACCACCGCGUCGAGCAGUGCAUCGCCAUCGACUCGAGCGACGACGUGCGCUCGUACUCGACCGCGAGCUCGUCCGACGAGGACGAGGACGAGGUGCUCACGUUCGGCGCGAGGAGCCCUCGGCCGUCGAGCUUCAUGCGCACGCCCGAGCCCAAAGAGCCGCACACGAUCGCGCGCCUCGGCCCGACGACGCUCAAGAGCGUCGAGCUGUACCCGUCGCCGUCGCCCGCCGUCGUCUUUAGCUCGGACCCGAGCGAGUACGACGACUCGGCGGCAGCCGCCGGCGCGAGCUCGCCGCCAGACGUCGUCGGCGGCGACGAGCACGUCGAGUCGUCGCCGUACCAGCACCCGGCGCAGGCGGCGCAGCAGCACGCCGCCGGGCAGCGCGUCAUGUACGCCUACUCGAACCCGGACGCGGCGAUCCGCUCGCAGUGGGACCCGGAGGACGACGACGACUACGCCAUGGGCUUCGACUACUUUUUGGGCGCGAGUGGGCCCGACCUGCAGAUCGGCGACGAGUACGACACGGCCCAGUACGGCUCGACGCACUUGAUCGGCGCCGCGCACAACAACUACCGCGGCGGCUCGGUCGGCGGCUCGGUCGGCGGCGGCGGUGCCGCACCCGCAGGGUCGGACGGCGUGGCCAACUCGUACCUCGGCGGCGGCCCGUACUCGGCCGCGAGCCCGUACCACCCGGGCUCGUCGACGCUCGACCCGACGGCGCACGCGACGCAGCAGGCCGCGAGCCAGAUGCCGCACUACCGCGACUCGCUCCCGUCGUCGUCGUCCUCCUCCCCCUCGCCGACCGCCUCGUCUCCCUCGAGCGCCGGUUCGCCAGGUGCCGCGAGCUCGACCGCGCCCCGCGCCAUCUCGGCGCCGUCGUCGCCGCAGGUCGUCUCGGCGACGCAGCGCGGCCCGCACGAGCCGCCGCCGACCCGCGACGCGUCGACGCCCAAGCGCAGCGCGCUCAAGGGCGGCCGCUCGCGCGAGGCGUCGGUCGAGUCGAACCCGUCGUCGGCGUCGACCUCGCCUGCGAGCGGCGCGCCGUCGCCCGCCCUCUCGUCGGCGUCGACCUCGCCGCCCAAGGGCAUCCAGGCCGUCGCGACGGGCAUCCCGGCGCACGUCAUGCGCCCGGGCGUGCCUCGUCGCGGGACGUCGGACGACGGCGAGCGCGGCAGGAGCGCGAGCCGUGGCAGCUCGUCGUCGCUCGAGCGCGAGGCGUCGGCGCGCAGGAGCAGCUCGAGCAUCAGCCCGACCUCGGCGUCGUACUCGCCGCCGAUCGGCUCGGCGAGCGGCUCGUCGCCCAUCAUCCAGCAGGGCUGGCGCGGCAGCGCCUCGUACGACUCGCUGUCGUCCGUCAUGAGCGGCGGCGGGUCCGGCUCGGGCGUCGGCAGCGCGCCUCGAGCGGGCUCGCUCGGCGGCAGCUACUCGAACCUGCCCGACGUUCCCGAGUCGAGCGAGUCGUCGCCCAACAGCGGCGGAAUCCGCAUCGGGGGGCCGUCCUCGUCGUCCGGCGGCGCCGGCUUCGGUCGGCUCAUCACGAGCUCGAGCGUCGACUCGAUGGGCAGCCUCGGCUCUUUCGGCGCCGGGCCCAACACGCCGACGAGCCCGACGAUGCCGAGCCCUGCGAGGCGGUACCAGAGCCUCGUGCCCGAGGACGACGACAACGGCCAGGUCGAGGACGUCGCGACCGUCAAGCCGUCCGCCGCAGCGGCGGUCGACAGCUCGCGCGACUUUGCCGCCACGUCGUCGUCGUCGUCUGCUGCCGCACCUGCCGCAUCGGCGCCGGCGCCGGCACCCGCAGCUGCGCCCGCUCCCGCCGCGCCCAAAGCCGAUGCGCCGGCACCUCCAGCGCCCGCACCAUCGGCGCCUGGCGCGACGCUCGGCCACAGCCGCACGCCGUCGGGUCCUCGGCUGCGCAACCCGUCGCCCGCGACCGCCGCGACGACCAAGGCGACGGCGGCUGACGCGCGCCCGUCGUCGCCGGGCGAGAACGGCUCGCCCUCGUCGUCGUCGCCCUUGGCCUCGCCCGACGCGAGCGGCGGUGCCGGUGGGCCGAGCCUGCUCAAGCGCUCGCCGUCGAGCAACUCGCUGUCGUACGCGAGGCAGAGCCUGCUGCGCGCGACGCAGCGCGAUGAGGAGGCGUCGCGCUCGUCGGUCGACGGCGGCUCCUCGCCGUCGCUGUCGUCGAGCGGCGGCCGCGGCAGCCUCGACAGCGCGCGCGAGGUCGACGGCGUCGGCUCGUCGACGGCGACGGGCUCUGCGGCGCACCCGCACGAUGACGACGAGUUUGGCGCUGCGGCGGUCGGCGGCGGGAUUAACGUCGCCGGCACGGCGAGGGACUUGCUCGGUGCCAUCUCGAAGGGCAUCUGGGGGUCUCUCGGUGGGCGCGGCGGCGGCGGCGGCGGACGCUGAGCGCCGUCGCCGAAGGAGCAUACGCCGAAUGGGGAGGAGACGCUCCCUCGUUUUAUAGACAUCCCUCUCCCCCUCCCCACCCCUCUCUCGCUUGUACGUAUCCCGCAUCUCAGGUGCUCCACCAGUCGCUCGCUCGCCUACCACGUAACCCCCUAGACUCAGUUUUUUUUUGCCUUCAUCAUGCUCGACGCCCGUUCUCCCCCUUCCUCUCUCCCUCUCCCUCCAUCUCACUUUGCGGUACACACUUUGCCGGGCCCGUCGCCUUUGUAACUCGUUUGCGACUCUCUCUC